UGGAGCCGGUCGGAGGCGGCGAGCCCGGCAGCGCUGGGGCUUCCCGCUGAGCCCGCAGCAGCCGUCAGCCGAGAAAGUGCCGGCGCGGGGCGGCCCCGGCACGCCCGGAGCGGCGCGGGGCGCACGCGGCGGGGAGCGCGGGCGCCCGCGGCUGGGGUCGCGCAGAUUUGUUUAUUUAUUGAAGAGAGAGAGAGAGAGAGAGCAUGAGCAGCGGGGAGGGCCGGAAGCAGCCUCCCUGCUGAGCAGGAAGCCCGAUGUAGGGCUCGAUCCCAGGACCCUGGGAUCAUGACCUGACCUGAAGGCAGCCGCUUAACCGACUGAGCCACCCAGGAAUUUUUCAAAUAGAAACUAAUUGCAGAGUUCCCGGUUGACCAGCAUUCAUAGGGUCCACCCUACAAACCUCUACAGCUCAGGGACUCCCUGUUCUGCUGCCUUACACACCUGGGUCUCGGGUCUCUGAAGGGCUCAUGGAGCGGCUGGUCGCUGUUACUGGUAGUCUGUGGAGAGGGGCGGCACUCUAGACAUCUAGUGAAACUUUCAGGAAGAUUUAAAAGAAUGAAGACAAACACAGAGAUGGUGUGUCUAAGAAAUUUCAAAAGGUGUCGGCCUCCUGAUUGAAGGACAGUCAACUUAUUGGAUUCAUUUUUUUCAUCCAUUCCUGUACUCCUACAAGGGAAAAUCAUGAUUACACUAACAGAGCUGAAAUGUCUAGCAGACGCCCAGUCAUCUUAUCACAUCCUAAAACCAUGGUGGGACGUCUUCUGGUAUUACAUCACCCUGAUCAUGCUGCUGGUGGCCGUGCUGGCUGGAGCUCUCCAGCUCACACAGAGCAGGGUUCUGUGCUGUCUUCCAUGUAAGGUGGAAUUUGACAAUCACUGUGCCGUGCCUUGGGACCUCCUGAAAGCCAGCGCCAACACGUCCUCCUCUGAUCCCGGGACCCCGCUUCCGCUCCCCCUCAGAAUCCAGAAUGACCUCCACCGACAGCAGUACUCCUACAUCGACGCCGUCUGUUACGAGAAGCAGCUCCAUUGGUUCGCCAAGUUCUUCCCCUACCUGGUGCUCCUGCACACACUCAUCUUUGCAGCCUGCAGCAACUUUUGGCUUCACUACCCCAGUACCAGUUCCAGGCUCGAGCAUUUUGUGGCCAUCCUUCACAAGUGCUUCGAUUCUCCGUGGACCACCCGUGCCCUGUCCGAAACAGUGGCCGAGCAAUCAGUGAGGCCCCUGACACUCUCCAAGUCCAAGGUUCUGCUUUCAUCCUCAGGGUGUUCAGCCGAUGUUGAUUCCAGCAAGCAGUCAUUGCCCUACCCACAGCCUGGCUUGGAGUCAGCUGGCAUCGAAAGCCCCACUUCUAGUGUCCUGGACAAGAAGGAGGGCGAACAGGCCAAAGCCAUCUUUGAAAAAGUGAAAAGGUUCCGCCUGCAUGUGGAGCAGAAGGACCUCAUUUAUAGAGUGUAUCUGAAGCAGAUCAUCGUGAAGGUCAUUUUGUUUGUCCUCAUCAUAACUUACGUUCCAUAUUUUCUAACCUACAUCACUCUUGAAAUUGACUGUUCGGUCGAUGUGCAAGCUUUUACCGGCUACAAGCGCUACCAGUGUGUCUACUCCUUGGCAGAAAUAUUUAAGGUCCUGGCUUCGUUUUAUGUGAUUUUGGUUAUACUUUAUGGUCUCACCUCCUCCUACAGCUUGUGGUGGAUGCUGAGGAGUUCUCUGAAGCAAUAUUCCUUUGAGGCGUUGAGAGAGAAAAGCAACUACAGCGAUAUCCCUGACGUCAAGAAUGACUUUGCCUUCAUCUUGCAUCUGGCCGAUCAGUAUGAUCCUCUCUAUUCCAAACGCUUCUCCAUAUUCCUGUCGGAGGUCAGUGAGAACAAACUGAAACAGAUCAACCUCAAUAACGAAUGGACGGUUGAGAAACUGAAAAGUAAGCUUGUGAAAAAUUCCCAGGACAAGGUAGCACUGCACCUUUUUAUGCUAAAUGGUCUUCCAGACAAUGUCUUUGAGCUGACAGAAAUCGAAGUGCUCAGCCUGGAGCUCAUCCCUGAGGUCAAGCUGCCCUCUGCAGUCUCACAGCUGGUCAACCUAAAGGAGCUUCGUGUGUACCAUUCGUCCCUGGUGGUGGACCAUCCGGCGCUGGGCUUUCUGGAGGAGAAUUUAAAAAUCCUCCGCCUGAAAUUCACCGAAAUGGGGAAAAUCCCACGCUGGGUAUUUCACCUGAAGAAUCUCAAGGAACUUUAUCUGUCUGGCUGUGUUCUCCCGGAGCAGUUGAGUACCAUGCAGUUGGAGGGCUUUCAGGACUUAAAAAACCUGAGGACCCUCUACUUGAAGAGCAGCCUCUCCCGGAUCCCACAAGUCAUUACAGACCUCCUGACUUCACUGCAGAAGUUGUCCCUCGAUAAUGAGGGAAGCAAACUGGUUGUGUUGAACAACUUGAAAAAGAUGGUCAACCUGAAAAGCCUGGAGCUGAUCAGCUGUGACCUGGAACGCAUCCCACACUCCAUUUUCAGCCUGAACAAUUUGCAUGAGUUAGAUCUUAAAGAAAAUAACCUUAAAACUGUGGAGGAGAUCAUUAGCUUUCAGCAUCUCCAGAAUCUUUCCUGCUUAAAAUUGUGGCACAAUAACAUUGCUUAUAUUCCUGCCCAGAUUGGGGCACUAUCUAAUCUAGAGCAGCUCUCUUUGAACCAUAAUAAUAUUGAGAAUCUGCCCCUGCAGCUUUUCCUAUGCACCAAACUACAUUAUUUGGAUCUAAGCUAUAACCACCUGACCUUCAUUCCAGAAGAAAUCCAGUAUCUGAGUAAUUUGCAGUACUUUGCUGUGACCAACAACAAUAUUGAGAUGCUACCAGAUGGGCUGUUUCAGUGCAAAAAGCUGCAGUGUUUACUUUUGGGGAAAAAUAGCCUGAUGAGUUUGUCCCCUCACGUGGGUGAGCUGUCGAACCUUACUCAUCUGGAGCUCAUUGGUAAUUACCUGGAAACACUUCCUCCUGAACUGGAAGGAUGUCAGUCCCUAAAACGGAGCUGUCUGAUUGUAGAGGAGAAUUUGCUCAACACUCUUCCUCUCCCUGUAACAGAACGUUUGUAGAUGUGCUUAGAUAAAUGUUGACCUAAAGAGAAAAUAAUUUUUAAAAGUUUGCCCCAGGGCUUUAAAUGAGAACUAAAAUUCUCUAAGUUAUAAGGAUGAAAAAUGGGUAAUAAUUAUGACUAACUAUAACCAAAUGUCUUUAAAGCAACUCAGUGUCUAGCCCUAAGUUAAACAGGUCAAAAGUGUUAACACUGAACUUAAGUUUUGUGAAUAACUGAUCUUUAACUUACUAAGAUGUGAGAAGUAUACUUCGAGGGUGGCAUGGGGGACACAGAAUUACUGAAUCUCUACCUUGCAGUUUUUACCUUGAAGAUUAGAUAUUCUUUCAUAUCCCUCCCCCCAGUCCCCAUUACUUACUUAUUUGCACACUUGUUUUCACUGACUUCCUGUUUUGGUAUUUAUCACCUAGACCAUAAAUUCAUAAGUAUAAAUGUCCUUGAUGUAUACUCAACACUGUCUUUGAUUUAUGUUCUUAAAUAUUUUUAGGCAGGGUGUACAUUGUGCUUGGCCGAAUUCCUUCUUGGCUUGAUUUUAUUUCCUGUCCCAGCUCGCUUGAGUCUUCCUUCAUCUUGUUUUCUCUUAACAAUGAUGAACCCUAAAAAAAAGCCCCCAAACAAGGGUGAACCCUGAAAACGUGCCUGUGUUUGGCCCUUGCAUAGAAAAGGACAGGGUACUUAGGACAUGUCACCCUCGGGGCACCUUGAAAAUUGAUCUAUUUCCUAAAAUGUCUUCUUAUGUAUCAUCAAAGCCUUUUUUAUUUGCUAAUCAUUUUUAUAUUAAAUGUAAAACAUGUAACUAUUUUCUAUGGUAUAAUCUUAGAUUCAAAAUAUGUGAGAAUAAUUUCUGUAAGGUACAGAGAACACAUGCAUUUCUUUAAGAAUUUACUAUUAAUAUACUUGGUUUUGGCUGCUUACGAGUCUCAUAUUUGUGUGCAUCCUGCCCCAGAAUGUUUUUGUACUCUGCAGCUCAUUACUUUUGGACAACACAAGCCUUGUGUUUCUUGCCCUGGAAUAGUUGGGGGGUUUCCUUAUAAGAGGAUGGCCGCAUCAUCUACCUCUCUCUUCCCUAGUCGCUGUGCUAUCAUACGGGUAACAAUUCUUAAUUACUUCAAAAACUGUGAUGGAGGGGAGAGGUACAGAUUUGAAUCCUUAAAAUUGACUUCAAAACACUUGGAGAAAUUAAGACUUAAAGCAAAAUAUUUCUCCAUCUGCAUGAUCUCUAGAUACGAUUAUAAUGUAGAACACUCCGCCUCUGUUCAGUAUUUAAGAAUUCUCAAAGCUCACAAAGCAGUAGAUCCAUUUAACUGAAAUUCAUCUCAUGCCUUUGUCUAACUUUCCUGGAAUACAUUUUGCUCUUUUUUUUGUAAAGAGCUUUGUGUUUAGCCUUUUAUUAUCAUGCAUAUUGUAAAAUGAAUAAAGUCAACCGACUUGUUUUUGGGAAAUGUACAUUUUUACCAUGUUUUUCUCUGAUGGGUCUAGGCAUUACGAUGCCGGUCUCAUUUUGAAUGUUAACUAUGAAGUAACCUAUUAACUGCACAUAGACAAAACUGGAAAACACUAUGGGUAAAGUACUGUGAACAUGGAAUUGUGAUGUGUGGUAUGUUGUUUCUUGCUUUGCCCCUUCCAGAAAGGUAAAAGUGAGUCUUUAAAUUACAGCAAAAUGUAGCUCCCCUCACUUGCCACACACCCCUGAACUGAAGCUCAGAAAAAGGAAUUGUUUGUGUCAAAUGUAAUUUGAAUAAUACGAGCUAUAAAACUAUAAACACCAACAGCUGCCUAAAACAUUUAUUUUUAUUCUGAAUGAGAAGGAACAGUGUAAAAAUGUUAAUUCUUACCAAAACUUGCCUUUAGUCAGAACAUUCAAGUUCUCAGGGACCCAGGCAUAACUGAUGAAACUUUCUUCCAGGACUUUAGAAAACAGAUUCUGACUCUAUCUGAGGUUUUUGUUCUUUUCGUUUUUUUUAAUGUAAGUUAGUGGCCAUUUUAAUGUUUCACAAUAAAAUUGUCAUAUGUACGGAUUUCAAUGUUGGAUUGGAUUAAUCUUAAGUUUUUGGAAUAUGGAAUGUGAUGCAUGGAGAGGUAUUGAAAUGUUUGUGGCCAUAUAAUUAGCCAUAAUCUCUAUGAAAAAUCCCACCCCCCUCCAGAAAGAAGAGUUUUCAAAACAAACUUCAGAUUUGCUACCAUUCUCACAAACUAGAACUUCUGCACGACUAGUCACACUGGUUGUGUUCCCCUGCAAAAGUCAUUGACUAGAUCUUCCUUAUUGCUUCUCUCAAUUUCUGGAAGCACAUUAUUACUUAUCAGGAUCAAUACUGAAUAUUGUAAACUGCUUUCCAAACACGAGGGUAUGGUUACUGGUACAAACCUUGUUCUUUGUUGCCAUAGUUUUUAGAUUUCUGUCUUAUUCCAAGCUUACACACCAGUGUUUAGGUAGCUUUUGAAAUAACAUAGUACUGAUGCAAUGAACUCUGAGACCGCCACCUGACAGACUGGAAAUGUGGUGUUGGAGGCCACCUUUACUGCAUUGUCGGAGCAGAUCUUCAAUUUGCGAGUGUUCAUGUUCAUUUAAGAGGGUUUUCAAUGAGGAAAAUGCGACGUAUUCAAUUAGGACACAUUAGAUGGCAUAGGAUUUCCAAGAAUGUCUAAUGCAUUUUCCAAAAAAAUACCCGUGGAUGGGACUCGGAACAAAGUUGAUGGCUUAUGCUAGCCAUGGCCUAGGUUCGUUUCACUUACAUAUGCACACGGACACACACAGGUGAGCUUGGACACACACAGAGACACACACACCCUGGGCAGUUUUGAGCACUCGUGGUAAGGUAUAGUGUUCUUUCCCUAACCUGUGUUAGGAUACAUCUGUGUGGCACAUAGAUACUGUGUUUUCAUUCUUCAUCCUCGGUCUUCAUCUUUCUCCCUGGAUAUCACCAUAUUUCACUGUCACUUAACACAUGUUUGCGUUAAACAGGGUAAGUAGAGACCCAUGGGUGCUCAGUGCUUUGGCGUAGCUCGUUCGUGUGGUAAGCUAACUACUGCGCUGUGGUAAGCGGCAGUGAGUUCUUUGCAUAAUGUUACUGUUUGAGAGCGACAAUAUUUGUUUCUGUUCCCCAUGCGUUUCAUGAUUCAGAUUUUGUAUGUUUAAUUAAAAUAUUGCAUAAUGAUGGGCUCAGAAACCAUUAAAAUGAUCAAACAGUUAUCCUGUGGGUUGACAGCUUUCUUCCCCGGUAUUUUGUAUAAAACGCUCCUUCCGUCUUUACAUUCUCUUAGCAUCGUCCUAACUGCGUGGGUAACUCCAUCACUCAUCUCCUUACAUUUGGUCAGCACUUGUGUAUAACAGAAUAUAUUUGUGCUAAAGAACUCGCAGUGAUACUUGAGCAUGUAUUUAUUUGGGGGGAAGCCAGGGCCUCUAAUGAGGCCUAAUUGAGUUAUUCCACUUUACCCAUCCCUGCAGUAUUUAGAGCUGAUUCAAUCCGUGAUCUCUCAUGCCUACCAAAAGCACGAGAAUAUAACCGUAAGUCCACUUUGUUUCCAGGAACUGUAUAUUGCAUCAAAAUCUGUGUUCCUUUCUUCCUGGAAACAAGAGGGAGGCUGAUGGGAGGGGGAGGAGCUCUUUAGUAUCCUCGUUUGAAUUAUGAAGACAUAAUACACAUGAUAUGGUAUAAACUCAUGGCUGUUGGAAAAUGUCCUGGAUAUAAUUAUUUCUUAUCUUUAGUUGAAUGUGAAAGCAGUGAAAACCUGCAGUCCUAUUUAAUUGGUUUCUUCCUGUUUCUAGUCCAUCACUUUUUACAUCCGCUGGGAACUAUCUGCUCAGUACCUUUGGUAAUGGACUACAUUCUCUUCAACUUUUUUCUUUUUUUAAUAUGGACAAUUUCAUCAACACUAAAGCAUUAACACAGAAUAUAUGAGCUACAGUACUGAGUUGAGAUUGUUUCCAGUUGUACCUAAUUCAUGUUUAAAUUUUGCAUUUGACUUGUAUAAUCCACCACUGCUGAGAGAAACAAUUACGAAUGCCUCCUGCAUGUUCUAUAUUAUCUCUAACAGAGAUGGUGCAAUUUAAAAAAUACAAAAAGGCAUAGAAUUAGAAUGGAUACGUCUGUGCAUAUGUGUGUUGUGUGUAAGCCUAAGUAUUUAUGUUUAAAUAUAUUUAAAGCUCCUCAGAAUGUUUCACUCUGAGUGAAAUAAUGGGCCAAUCUUGGGUAGAGGCAUUUUCUUUGGUUAGCUUCACAGUGACAGCUGGAAUUUGUUAUUUUGUCACCUAUUUUGAAACAUGUAUGUAAUCAGGUUUUGCUUCUGGUAAUGAAUUGUUCAAAAAUGUAAGAUUUUUUUGUAGGUUGAAUGUUUUUGACCCUCAGGUUUACCAUGUAAAUCUGCAUUUUGGUGGUGAACCCCUUUGCCUGAGAUUUGGUGGUUUUUGGUAAACUUCACUGUUUUAAAGUACCUUUUGUGUAAAAUAUAGAUGCAAUUUUUAUAACAAAUGGCAAAUAAAAACAGUCUAAAUGUUGGAA